AUCCCCUAAUCCAAAAAGGUCACUGAGCUUCAGUCUCACCAAACACGUACCUCCCCUUAAAUUCCAAGAACUUUCCCCUUUACUCCAAUCAUCCUGGCGGCUACUAUAUUUUUUCUCCUUUUUUGACUAAAUUAUUUGUCCCAAUUCGAUUCCUAAUCCAUUUUUUUCUCUCAAGAUCAUAUUUUUUUUGUACCCUUUUGCUUAUUGAAUCAUUUUGUGGUUGAAAUUUUUUUGAUUAGUGAAGCGAUGAAGAUGUUUGAGUUAUCUGAUUCGGAUUCGUUUGCUGUUUUUGCAUCAUCAAAGAAUGUUUUUCCACCGGGAUUUAGGUUUCAUCCGACUGAUGAGGAACUUGUUCUGUACUAUUUGAAGAAGAAGAUCUGCCGGAAGAGGAUUCUGCUUGAUGCCAUUGCUGAGACUGAUGUUUACAAAUGGGAACCGGAGGACUUGCCUGAUCUAUCUAAGUUGAAAACUGGGGACCGCCAGUGGUUCUUCUUUAGCCCCAGAGAUCGAAAGUAUCCUAAUGGAGCACGGGCAAACAGGGGAACGAAGCGUGGGCACUGGAAAGUUACAGGAAAGGAUCGAAUCAUUAUGUGCAACUCUCGUGCUGUUGGACUUAAGAAGACCCUAGUCUUUUAUAAAGGCCGAGCACCGGUAGGUGAACGGACAGACUGGGUGAUGCAUGAGUAUACUAUGGAUGAAGAAGAGCUGAAAAAAUGUCAAAACGCCCAGGACUACUAUGCGCUUUACAAGGUAUUUAAGAAGAGUGGCUCCGGGCCUAAGAAUGGUGAGCAGUAUGGUGCACCUUUUAGAGAAGAGGAGUGGGCUGAUGAUGAAUGUCCUAGUGCCAAAGGCUUUGUCCAUCAGGAUAAUUCCACUAACCAUGUUAUUGAAGCUCCUUCUGUGGAUGGUAGACUUGAGGAGUUGUUGAACCCCGUGCUUAUGGAGCCACUUUCUGUAGAUUAUGAUUAUGCAGUGGAGCAGCUUGUACAGGAGGAAGAUACUCGAAGUACCUUGCUAUAUCAUUCCGCAAAGGAAGUCAAUUUUCCCCACCGCAGUGCGGUGAUUGCCCCAGCAAAGGAAAGCUUUGACUUGACACAGUCAGGCACAUCACAGCGACAGUUGCAUGAGGCACUAGAAGUCACAUCUGCUCCUGUUAUUUAUGAACAGCAGCCACAUGUGGUGGAAGAGGAUUUUCUGGAGAUGGAUGACCUUCUUGGCCCGGAGCCAAGCACUCAGAACUUUGAUAACUUGGGGCCGUGUGUUCAAAACUUUGAUGAGGCAGGCCCAAGUGGUCAAAACUUUGAUAUGCCUGCUGGAAACUUCGAAGAUUUGCCAUUCGAUUAUUUUGAUGGGUUGGCAGAGUUUGACCUGUACCAUGAUGCACCCUUGCUUGAUGAUGUAAGAACAACUGAAGUUGGGCAAAAUACUGAACCAUACAUGAACAACUUAGUGAAUGGUUCUGUUAACCCUGCUUCUACAACGUAUAUAAACACUUUCCAGCAUGAAAUGAUGAACAACCAGCCAAUGUAUUUGAAUAAUUCCGAACAGAUUAGCAAUCAACUGUGGGUACACGAUCAAAGGUUCAAUAUCUCUUACCCCAGCGAGGCAAAUCAGUUGGUUGCUCCUCCAGCUACUUCAGGUGUUGUAUAUGAUAGUAUUUUGGCAAAUCAUCCUAUGGACGCAAAUCAAAAUCAACUACCCAAUCAAGAUGAAGGUACACCAUCAUGGUUAGCCUCUCAGUUGUGGGCCUUCGUGGAUUCUAUACCUACUGCUCCUGCUAUAGCUGCUGAAAGUCCUGUGGUUAAUAGUGCCUUUAAGCGCAUGUCUAGCUUUAGUAAGAUGAGAAUAAACGCCAGGAACAUGAAUGUUGUGGCAGCAGGUAAUACAGCAACUUCAAGAAGUUCGCGCUACUCUAAGAAUGGGCUUUUUUAUUUUUCUUUUGUUGGAAUACUGUGUGCAAUCUUAUGUGUGUUACUAGGAACAUUUGUCGACAUCUUGAGGAGACCCAUAUCCUCUUAAAUAUGCAAAAAAAGUUGAUGUUCUAUCAUUUGGCAUCUUGCCAGAAUCAAUGAGAAGCAGAGCAUACAUUCUAUGAGUAAAACAAAAUCUACUUAUAGUUAUGAUGACUGAACUCCCCCUUCCCCUUGGUGGUCGUUUGGUUGCUGGUUAGAGUUAUGCAUGUAUUAGUUAUGCGUAAAAGAAAAACAUACAAAAUCUACUUAUAAGUAUGAUGUCUGAACUCCCCCUUCCCCUUGGUGGUCGUUUGGUUGCUGGUUAGAGUUAUGCAUGUAUUAGUUAUGCGUAAAAGAAAAACAUGAACCCAGCAUUGUAUUAGCAAUGCUAUGUUUUAUGUGAAAAUAGAAAAAAACAACCAAACUUUGUAUACUUUAUGCUAGAUUCUACAUGAGUAUUAUAUUUCCUCAUUUUGUAACCAACCAACUUACAAAGUUAUGCUAGUUUUUAGUACAUGAAUAACUCCUCUUUAUCUAGCAACCAAACAACCUCUUGUACCACCCUAAAGUAGUAACAAAAAGGAAAAAACAACAUAGGAAAUAUCCCAACAAGGAACUAUGUCAUUGGCAAUUUUGACUGAAAGUUUUGAGAUCAUUUCAUAAUCAGUUUUUCUUUGCUUUUAGAGUUAUGAUUUUCAGGUAUGCAUAAUUGGCUUUAAUUUAGGUAAGUUUUCAAGUUGAUUUCUGAUUUGGAAGGUUCAAUGUGGCUUGAAAUUUGAUGUUGUGUCUAGUUUUCUUGUUUAUAGGUUGGACAGGUUAACCUAUUUGAUCAGGUAAGUUCAGUUUGGUACUUUGUUUUCGUUACUCGAGAGGAAAUCGAUUUCUAACUUGUCUUUUGAUUAUGCAGCAUGAUUUAUCAUCAGCUGUAUAAUCAAGUUACUACCUGCUAUUCUUACUUUGUAAAAUUGCUUGGUAUGAAUUGUUUGUCCUUCAGCUCAUAAGUUUUUACAAAUUAUGUUCAAUUUGAGCAUGGUCUUUGUCAUACCCUAAACUGGACCAAGUGACUAUUCUUAACCUAGCUGAAGUAUCUUGAUCUUCCGAGUUUCGGAGUUACAGACAAGGUUCGGGGAAGUGGUAAGUACACUGUCAUUCUUAACCAGAGUUUCAGGUUUGAGCCCGUGGUAUGAUGUUAGGGAAUACUUGUGGGACUGGUAGCAAACAUCAGGUGCGAAAUAAAAAAAUAAGUAGAUUUAGUGAUUCUAACAAAUACACAAGGAAGGACAUGAAAUUUCCCUUGUAUUAUUACUGUAUUUUCGACUACACACUUAUGAGACUCUCGAGGCUGCUACUUGUUGUUCACUUGUUCCGCUCUCUCUCUCUACUUGUAGUUCUCUGAUAUGAUUGUGAAUAUAAAUCAAUUAGAUCUUCUGUUUGA